UGUGGAAUCUGAUCUAUGGUUUUGCAGGAGGAGCAGGAGUCAGCACAGCCAGCAGCUCCAGGAGGUCCCACUCCGCCUUUCCAGACUGUUGUGGGACUCAGGCACCCUACCAACACCAUGCACGCUGUGGGCCUGCAGCCCUUAACUCUGGAUGCUCCUAAAAGGGUGAGUUCAGGAAUCAGUAGCCAAAUAUCCUCUAGCUGCAGACUGCCUACUAAAGGGCAGCUGUUCAGAUGAGACCACUGGCAUAAUUUAGAGGCUGAACCCACCAGGAACUCAUAUUACAUUAGUCAGAUGAAGCACCCAAUGGUUACAGCAGUGCUGGUAGUGCUGGUGCAGGUUUCUCAGAGUUUCCCUGCUUUGUACCACCGAGGCUGGUGGAGACUGUUAAGGGAAGCAGAUAGUUGUGGAAAAUGCAAUUUGGCACUUUGCUCUGAGCCUAAAGACUGUCCAGCUGGGACUGUAUUGGACCGUUGCGGCUGCUGUCCUGAGUGUGGGAAUGUGGAAGGUCAGAUCUGCGACCUGGACCAGGGCAAUCAUUUUUAUGGGCAAUGUGGGGACAACCUCGAGUGCAGGUUGGAUGCUGAUGAAGCAAGGUUUGGGGAAGUCCCUGAACCUCAGUGUGUGUGCAAGUCUCAAGAAAGCAUCUGUGGACCUGAAGGGAAAACCUACGAGAACAUAUGUCAAUUCAACAAGGCUUAUGCUACAAAAAGAAAUAUCAGCAUGAAACACAAAGGGCCAUGUGAAUCAGCUCCUGUUAUUUCUAUGCCACCUCAGGAUGCCCAGAACUACACAGGAAAUGAUGUCAUUUUCGGCUGUGAGGUGUCAGCCUAUCCUAUGCCACAUCUUGAGUGGAAAAAAAAGGGGAAUAAAAUGUUCCUGCCAGGAGAUGAUACCCACCUCUCUGUACAGGCAAGAGGUGGGCCUCAGAAAUAUGGUGUGACAGGCUGGCUGCAGAUUCAAGGCCUCAAAAAAUCAGAUGAAGGUGUUUACAUCUGCCACACCAAAAAUAAGCAUGGUGCCACAUAUGCCUCUGCAAGAUUGAAAGUCAUUGAUGGCUCAUCUCCUUCAUUUGCAUUUAAUGCUGGCAGUAGAAGUGCAAGCUACAGCAUUGAAUAUGGGGAGUAUUAUGACCAUUCUGAUGAGGAAGAUGAUGAAGAAUACGAAUCCGGGGACUAUGAAAAUUGAAACAACUCUGAAUAACAGUUUUUUUAUACAUCUGCUGUCCAAUACCUUUCAUACUCUGUUACAUCUACUAGUAGUCUCUGUGCCGUAAAUGGCCCCACUGAUAAUACACAUACUCACUUCUGUAUCCACCUUCCUGAAAUUCAACUUUGGCUGCAGUGUAUCAUGGUACUGACCAGAAAUAAGAGCAAUUGUAAACCCACACAUUCAGACUGUUGAAUAAAAUCCUUAAACAUG